AAGCAUCCGACAUAUGAGGUACACAUACAAUCAACAGACAAAAAGUAAAAAAAACCAAACCUUUGAUAGACAGUUGCAAAACAGCUAGCCCAAAGUCCUGGUUGUGAUUUUAGACAGCAUUUUAGAACAAUCUGAGAUUGUUAUCAUUCUAGCUAUAUAUCUUUGUUAUUAUCAAUGAUGACCUGGAGCCCAGAACUCAUACAUUUUUGCCUUUUUUUUUUUUUUUUCCAAAACAUUAACAAAUUAUAAUGUAAAAUAAAGUAACAUUAAUUCCAGUAGAGCGAAGCCAAACUCUUGAACUUCACCCUCCCUGAACUUCAGUCUCUUUCUGAUUUUUCUAGACAGGGAAGAAUUUAUUUCCCCCUCAGAAUGUGUUGUCUCGAUGUUAGUUUUAUGAAUAUGACCUCAAUAAUGUGGGUGACCUUGGAAAUUUUUUCAUUAUUAUUUUUAUUUCCUUUGGAAGGUGUAACUGGCUAGACUUUCCCCUUUCUCCCUACAUUUCCCGUCACCUCAGCUCAUGGGAAGCGCUCUGACCCGGGGCCCACGGAGGACCGAGGCGGAACCAGACGCUGUGGUUUGAACGCAAGGAAGUACGCCAAGGCCGCCUCAGGUUGCGUUCUGCGGACGCAGUAGACCUAGUGCGCACUGCUGCCGUCACCUUGAUAAUGCUGCACUGAUGGAAUCAUGCCUAAAAUUGAAGAGAAUUCAAAUUUGCUGAAGGUACCUCAGAAUUGAAUUUUUCUCAAUACAGGAUGAAAGAAAAAUGACCUUCUGUUUUUCAAUUACUCGAGUUUGUUCUUUGUAACAACAUGCUUUACUGUGAAAAGUGAAAGAAGAAUCUUUCUGGACGUUUUAAAGCUAGUUAGAGGGAUAGCAAAAUGCUUUGUUUGAGGCAGGUUUGCUUGUUUAUGCUGAGACGUUGCCAAGCCCGAACUCUGAGUAGUGAUCUGCUUUUGAGCCAGAUAAAUAGCUGCACACAUGAAGAUGAAGUGUUCAGCCUUGUUGGAAAGAACAAGACCAGGCUUUCUGAAAAACAUGUGGGAAUUGCAUUGAACAUGCUGUGGCAGUUGCAAAAGAAGAGGCCGUGUCUCUUAAGGACAAGUGAAUAUAUAAGAAAUCACUCCCAGUUUCUUACCCUUUGCAUUUUGGCAGAAAACAAGGUGGAACACAUGGAAGAUGAAGCCAUAGUGGACACCCUAUAUAGUAUUCUGAGGCUCGAGGUUGAAGACCAUGAUUUUCUAGCCAAAGCGCUUGUUACAGAAGCAUGGAAAAGAUUAGAAAGGCUUAGUUUGCCAGCUCUGUCUAAAUUUGCACUGUGUUUAUACAAGCAACACAGACAUUUCAGUCCUGUAAUUGGCAAAGUAGCUCAUAUUGUGGACAUGAAACUGGAUUCUAUACAGGAUAUCAGGAUCUUGUCAGUUUUGAUGAUCAGCAUAUCUGAUGUUAUCUCACAAAGUUUUCGAGAUCGAUUAUUACUCAAGGCUGGACAGCUCUUGGAAGAAAAUGAUGAAGUCCGCUCAAACUAUGCCAAAAAAAUACUACAGUUUCUUCAAAAUGUUAAACUGAGAUAUCAUCCACUGCUAGAAAAAUGCAACAAGGUUUUCCUUAACAGUGCUUCCCAUCUUGAUAUACACCAUAUUAGUUUUAUUUUUGGACUGUAUGAGCAGCUGGGUUUUGACAAUGCUGAAUUCCGCUUGGUUGCUAAACAGCUGCUCUCUGAAACUAUAGAUGAUUAUUAUCAUCCUGAAACCUUUACAAAAUUAUUUUUCACUCUUGGGCCUAUGGCAGGAUCCACAGUAAGAGAAAGGUUGCUAGUAACUGCAGCGCUCAUGGCAGAAGAAUUUAGCAGUCACCAGGUAUUGAUAAUACUGAAGACAAUGAAGAAAAUGAAAUGCAGAGAUUCUCACCUACUCAAAAAAAUGGCUUCUGUUCUGCACAAACACUUGGAUAGCUAUCAUGUAUUACAGUUGGUAAAGUUAACACAGUACUUGGUGGUGUUACGUUGCCACAAUCUGGAGCUGCUUGCCAAACUGAAAAUGUUACUAUUUGGUUUUUUAAAAUCUAGUGUCAUACCUGCUGAUAUUGCUGCAAUAAUUCACGUUCUGGCCAUGCUUCCUCCCUUUGAAGUGGAGGAAAUCAUUAUAAGCAAAGCAGCAGCGGUUCUGCCUCAAUGCAGUCUCCGUCAUUUGAAUUGCAUUGCUACAGCUCUUGUCAAAUGGAAUCAUUAUAACCAGUUGCACUGGCAAAACAGUUCGGAGCUAUGUGUAAAGCUUCUGCAGAAACUAAAUGACUGUGGAUUUCAGAGGCUUCAGAAAGCCAACAACUUAAAUCUUCUGUUGGAAGAACUUAAACAUGUGAAUGGAGAGUGGUUUGAAGAAGUCAUCAGUGAGGAAACUAUGACCACGUGUCAACGCUUGAUAGACCAAAUAACGUGGACAAAUGUAUUACAGUUGUCUCUCUUUCUCAUAAAAACAAACCACCGUUGUCCUUCAUUACUUGACAGAAUAGCUUCUGUGACUGUUGAAAAUAUAGACAAGAUCCACCCCUUUGAAAUCUAUUUUAUUCUCUUACUUUUCUCUGCUCUGAAUUAUGACCCUCCUGCCAAUGAAGAGUUCUUUGAGAAUUGUAUCCAACAUCUUACUUCUAAUUUGAGUUGUUUUGAAACUCACCACUUGGUGCUGCUUGGUCAUGUUUUGGCAGUGGCUGGGUAUUUUCCUCCAGUUCUGAUAACAAGGAUAUUUAAUGUUUCCUUCCUAAGCAAAUUGGAUGCUCAACUUGAAGUCCUGCCUGAUACCCUAAAGCGGAAGGUCCACUCGUGCCUCAUGAAAUUGAACAGAGCAGUCUGUCUGGAAUGCCCGGAGUUUCACGUCCCUUGGUUUCAUGAGCGCUACUGCCAACGUGUUUUUUAUAACAGCAGGAGCCGAAUAAAUCCACUGCGACAGCAUGUUCAUGGAAUGCUGACAGAGAUCUUAGGAGGGAGCCAUUAUGCAAGAAUAUCUGUUCUCACACCAUACUACUAUGUAAUAGAUUUUGAGUGCAUUCUGGAUGAAAAUAAAAAGCCUCAUUCCUGUAUCGCUCAGAAUGUACCUUCAGGUGAUGCGGAGCGAAUACACUUGAGACAUGACAUCAGGAAUGAAGGGAGAAAGGCUCUGCCACCAGGAGCCCAGAGAAUUGCUUUGGAAUUUCUUGAUUCAAAAGCUUUUAGCAAACAUUCACGUCACCUGAAAGGAGAAUGUGCAGUGAAAAAAAGACACCUGGAAAUGCUGGGGUACCAGGUAGUUCAGAUUCCUCACUUCGAGUGGAAUUCUAUGGUUUUGUCAACAAAAGGUGAACGGCUAGAAUAUUUGAGAAGGCAUCUAUAUGGAAUACAGUGAUGUCAGACAGGCAGUCAAAAGUACUUUUUAUACAAAUUCUUUAUGUACCAUUAAACUUCCUGUAAUCCUGGAA